UGAGGAAGCUCCUCUGUUAAAAGGGUGGAGAGAUAAAACCUUCCCACAACAACCCAUAAUUUUCUGAUUGUCUUGUAAUUUGAGACUAACAACCAGAUAGCUCCCAAGAAUGGCUUCUUCAGGCACCUCUUCUUUUCAAUGGAGAUGGGAUGUUUUUUUGUGCUUUAGAGGGGAAGAUACCCGCUUAAAUUUUACGGAUCAUCUUUAUUCGGCUUUGACGAGGAUGGGCAUCGACACCUUUAGAGAUGAUGAAGGACUUGAAAGAGGACGAGAGAUUCAACCUUCACUCUUGAAAGCUAUUGAAGAUUCAAUGAUUUCUGUUGUCGUUUUUUCAGAAAACUAUGCUCAUUCAAAAUGGUGCUUGGAUGAGCUUGAUAAGAUCAUGCAGUGCAGCAGAGAAAAGGGCCAAAAAGUUCUACCAAUUUUCUACCAUGUGGAUCCAUCUGAUGUGCGGAAACAAACGGGAAGUUUUGGAGAAGCAUUUGCAAGAUACGGAAACGUCACUGAGGAGAGGGUGCUGAGAUGGAGGGCGGCACUGACCGAAGCCGGCGGUCUGUCUGGAUGGCAUGUGCAGCAUGGGCAUGUUAUAUAACUACUCUUUCUCUUCCGUUUUGAGUUGCUUUUUAUUCAUCGACAACUUAAGUCACAAUUAUGUUUGAUUUUUAA